GACUCGGAAAUACAUGUAGAACUGGAAAAUUAUGAAGCGCAUUCCAAGAAUAUUGUUUUUUUCUAUUUAUUAUUCUACUUCAACAAUGCAAAGGCACAGGCAACCUCUCCUCAUAUGGAAGUGAAUUCUAUUUGGCAUUUCCAAGGAACGUCAAUGGAGCAACAAACCUGACACUAACAGUGCACACACUCAUGAAUACAUCAGUUCAAUACAGCAUUGAGUCUCUCAAUCAAGACUUUAGCUACUCUGGUACAACCACUGCAGGAGAUCCUGAUGUUGUUGCUAUACCGUUGACUUAUGAAGUUCUGUUUUCCUUUUAUUCAUAUCGAAGAUUGGGCUUGCACAUUAGCUCACCUGAGGCUGAGCCUGUAUCUGUUGUUGCAUGGAGUGAGAGUACUUAUGGUUACUUUUCGUUUUUAGGGCUUCCAUGCCACACUCAACCCACAAAUUCAUAUGUAUAUUAUGCAGUAUCAUCUCAUGGUCUCAAUAACUUUUCUGGACACAUUCUUCUUGUUGGGUGCAAAAAUAAUACCAAUGUCACAAUAGUACCAAAUCAGUACGCUAACAUUACAAUGCCAGCUAACCCACAAUCACCAAUCAGUGCAUAUAAGACAUAUCGUGUAGGAGAAAGCAACACAUUUGUCAUACAUGCAGGACAGACCAUAAGAAUGUACCAAGCUUUUUCUGAUAUCUCUGGAAGUAAAAUAAUUUCAGACGCUCCAUUGACAGUUAUAAGUGGACACAGUGCUGCUCAAAUUCCACUUGGAGCUAUUGGUGGUGAUCCAAUGGCAGCACAAGUCACUCCUACUAUCACUUGGGGUAAAGAAUUCCUCUUGUCUCCUCAUCACAAUAGGGCUAGUGGUCAGUUCUAUAAAAUUAUUGCCCACAGGCCUGGAACAAUUAUUCAAAGGAGAUGUGGCACUAGUCCUACAGUUAAUGCCACUCUUUCCUCUGGACAAGUCUAUCAGUUUAAUACUUCAUACACUUCUUACUGCAGUCUUAUAUCAAAUAAGCCAAUAUUUGUGGCACAUGUUGGACCAAGUACUUUCUUUAAUGGAGGUACUUAUGGUGACCCAACACUUAACACUGUUCCUCCAAUAAGCCAGUACUUAUACUCGAUAGAGUACACAAGAUACUUUGCAAUAUUUAGUGGUGUGAACCUGCUUAUACCUAGGGAUCAAUACUUCAGUAACAACCUGAUAUUAGAUAAUACUCUCUACUCUGUUUCUUCUUGGGACUCAAUUAUUUAUUUUCCUAAUGGAACAAUUGCUGGCUAUGGCUGGUAUGCUUCAACUUCUGGUACUCAUACAUUCACCCAUGCAAAUGCUUCAGGGGGGAUCUUUCUUUCAAUAUAUGGAUGGACGACAUACAGAGGAUAUGCAUUCUCAGGUGGCAUGGGUCUUGAUCCAAUAAAUCCACCAUUACCUUUACCACAAGUUAGUUUUACUCAAGAUUUGUUUAUCGUUACAGAAGGAAACUAUAAUGCCAUUAUCCACUUAAACAGAAGUGCAAAUGUUGAGGAAGAAGUAACAGUGAGAGUGAGUGUCACUCCUCAACAAUUGGACACAGCUGAAGUUGGAGAUGAUUAUUUGUCAACAAGUUCAGUGGUCACAUUUAGAUAUGGAGAGACACUACAUAAUGUAACAAUUGCUAUUAAUGAUGACCUCUAUGCUGAGCCUACUGAGUACUUUACUGUAAGACUAGAGGCUAUUGGACAAGAUGUUAUUGUCUUUCCAAUUACAGAAUGCACUGUAGAAAUAAAUGACAAUGAUUAUAUACAGAUUGGCUUUAGUAACACAUCAUUGAAUAUUGAUAGUACAGAACUGACUCUUAAUGUAUCAAACUAUCAUGGAGUAAUACAAUCAGGAGAGACCUCAACUGUUCAGUUGCAAGUUGAAAGUUUAUCAGGUUCAGUUUUAAAUGUCACUCGUUUUGAUUUCUACAACUACAGUGGAAGUUACUUUGCUUCUUUUAACCUGUCUGAUCUUCCUUUCUUUCUGGUAUACAACCAAAAUGAUGCUGUUAUUAUGGGGAGACUUAUUAUUUAUAAAUCAAGCAUAAACGUAACAAUAAAGCCAUCCGUUGUUUCUGUUAUUUACAGCUCUAAAGAGACAACCAGUUCGUCUUAUGCAGCAUCAACAACACCAGUUGAUUGCAUGACUAGUGAGGUGUUUUUCGUUUCAACUGUUUACAUAACACCUACUUCUACAAUAUUUUCACAAGCUUGUGUAUUUUCUCAACCAGUUACUGUUAGAUCUACAUCAACAGUUUACACAAGCACAAUUAUAACAACAAGUAUGAACACAAGCCUUUCAUUAUGUCUUUCUAAAAUAACAAUAACAGUUGAAAAGAGUUCGUCAUGUUUCAAUAUGCUGCCAACAACACAACCAAACCAGUCCUCAUUGAGCUCAAGUGUAGUUGUUGGAGGUGUAAUGGGCUAUAUCAUAAUUUUUAUUCUUUGCAUUGUUGGUACAGCAGGUGGGUUUUUCUGUGGAAGAAGUAGCACUAGAAAGCAAAGAUUGACAAUGACAGACAUAAUCCCACCAGAUACUGGUACAUCUAGUGCUAAUGAUUAUGAAGGUCGUAGAAAUGAAGUUAGAGCUAGUAUACUUAAUAAGAAUCAGACACUUCCUCUACCUAUGAAAUUGUUCGAGAAAGACGAAGAGAGAAAAAAGGAAUUAGAAGCAAGGUUUGGAUCUGAAAUCAUUCUAAAGUAUCUCGGGAAGUUGAAUGAGAUGGCCAGCAACACUGGCUACCUUUGCUGUGGGAAACUCACUUGGCCUGACCUACAGUUAUUCACUAUUGUCAAUAUCCUUGUUCAAAUGAAGCCAGAGGCAAUGGAGACUUUCCCUGAUCUAUUGAAACACAAGUCUAUAAGAUAG